AUGGUUUCUGUCCUUCUCGAGGUGACCUGCAGCCUGCUUGCCUGGCUGGUUCUGUACAUCUGCUUCUGCCGCUGGAACAAGCACCGUUCCUGCGAGUGGAGCUGUCGCUUGGUCACCCUGCUGCACGGGGUGAUUGUCACCUGCCUCUCUGGUUAUGUUACUCUCCUGGAUGGCCCCUGGCCUCUGACCCAUGCAGGCUCACCAAACACAUCUCUUCAGAUCCAUGUGCUGUGCCUGACCUUGGGUUACUUCCUCUUUGACCUGGGCUGGUGCCUCUAUUUCCAGACAGAGGGCUACCUAAUGCUGUUCCACCACACGCUGAGCAUCUGCGGCAUGAUCCUGGUGCUGGGCUUUGGGAAGUCUGCUACAGAAGUCACUGCUGUUGUGUUUGUUAGUGAGAUCACCAACCCACUGCUCCAGACUCGCUGGUUUCUGCGUGAGAUGGGCUGCUACCACACUUUCCUGGGAGAGGUGGUGGAUUUCUUCUUUGUGUUCCUCUUCCUGGUGCUGCGGAUCGGAGGAGGAGCUUUGCUCAUGUAUGCGAUGGUGACAUCCCCUGAUCCCAGCUGGCUCCUCAAGGCUGGAGGCCUGGCCAUGUACAUUGUGUCUUUGGCAUUCAUGGUUGAAAUCUGCCGCUUUGUCAGGAGGAAAGUGUUGAAAAAAUAUCAUUCCUGGACAGGCCUGAGGAGUGUGGCUACACCUGUGAAAAGUAACGGGCACUUGACAGCUCAAUGA